AUGGUAUUUCCGCAAGAGGAACUUGCUUUGGAGUACCUUAAGGCGAAGAGAGAAAUACCAGAGGUAUCAAGUGACUUCGCGAAUGGGACUGUGUAUAUAGAUGACGGCGAAACCUAUGCGUUCAAGAAUGGUGAUUUUGCCUACUGGGCUGUCAUUUUUAAAAGAGAGCACGAUUACCUCCACACUAUCAUUAAUAAGAACCUGGACAAGAAAGGAUCACUGAAAAGCGAAAUUCGAAUUGAGACGAUUAUUAUACGUGGAGCUAAAUUUUAUCCAAGGACAGCACACAUCUACCUAGAUGGUAAGCACUUGAAGAGCAUUAGUCCGAAAAUUUUCAUUCCUCGUGUAUCGGUUCAAUUGAAUGAAAAUGAGGCGCAGCCAAAAUCUAUUAUGGCCACGAUGUGCCGAAAUACAUAG